AUGAUAAGCCACUCACCACCGCCCUACGUCCGAGCACCUCGGCCCAGAAAGAUUCUCAUUGUUGGAGGAGGCGUUGCUGGUCUUGCUGCCCUGAGGGCACUCGUAGAGGAAGGGGGAGUUGGUACAGAUGGGCCAUUCAAUCAGGUCGACCUCAUAGAGCGGAGAGACUGCGUUGGGGGUGUUUGGUAUCUCGAUGACGACGCCGUGCAGAGGGAGAGAUCCAGUGUGCGCGGGGCGACGGCAGGUCAAUGGCCCAUUCCUCCCGUCAAUUUGUCACCUGCAGGUACCAGUACGAGUUGCUGUUUGACCAACGGAACCCUACACAAGUCGCCGUCAUCUUCUAAAAAGCCAUGCUGGCCGUCGCCAGCGUAUCCUGGACUGCGUGGCAAUGUGCUGCCUCGCUUCUUGACUCUGGCUGGCGCACACCCUUUUCCACCUGUUGCCGAUCCCGAUGACCCGUUUCCCACCCUCGCAGAGACACAAGCCUAUCUCGAGUUGAUCGCUAAGCCAAUACGUCGACAUAUCCAAUGCAACGUGGAGUGCAUCGACGUGAGAGAGCUGCCAGGGAGGAGCGAGGAACACAACCGGUGGGCUGUGCGACUGCGAGACUGGAACAGGCCGGGGGCGCCACAAGUGACGAGGUACUACGAUGCUGUCAUCUUGACGGUGGGAUGGACUGAUGUGCCUGCCUACCCAUGUGUGCCAGGACUGGAAGAAGCCAAGUCGCACGGGCUGGUGGAGCACUGCAAGUCAUAUCGCGGGCCAGAGCCAUAUGGGCGAGAGGCAAGAAUCGUAGUCGUCGGCAACGCCAAUUCAGGAAACGACGUGGCAGCUCAGCUGGCCGGCUUGAGGCAGGUCGGCAAGCAUGAGGCCAUUUUCCGGUCUGUGCGUCACAAAGCCUGGGACUACAUCGUCAGCCUUCCCGACCCCCUGAUCAGGGAUGUUCCUCCAAUUGCAAAAUUGGCAGUGAACAGGAACGGCAGCAAGGUCCAUGUCACUCUAGCAGACGGUGCCGUUCUAGAGGACGUCGAUCGAAUCAUCUUUGCUUCGGGCUACGUCAUUGGUAAGAUUCCCUAUGUCUACCUGCUCAACAGGCAGCCGCUAGCCAAUGAAGCUGGCUUGCUCCCACAGCAGUGCACGGACGAAGACGACUGGCAUGCCGGUCAACACAGAGCACUGGCGUCGCUCUGGAGACCGCUCUGUGCCCCACCACCAGGUUCGCCCUUCAACACCGUCAACAACCCAGAGCGAGUGCCCAGUCUCUUUUGGCAAUUUUUGCACGCUAGAGCAGCGACACUGGCCAUAAUUAAUCUGGCGCCCACUAGGAUCCCCUUUUGGACAAGCGAUGUUCAGUCACACUGUCUUCGAGCCAUUUGGGACGGAAGCAUGACUGACUUUCCAGACACGCUGGAGCGACGUCUAGAAUAUGAAAGCCGACGAAUCAAGUGGCUGUUAGAGAUGAAGGAGGAGGAGCCGGACAGGGUCAAGACUUCGCGAGAACAAUGUACCAAGGCGCAGAUGAACAACGGCGAGAGUGCCUAUGCGCCCCCAGAGCACGCUGGCACGCCCUCGUAUCACUCGCUCGGCCUCAUGAUCGACGAUUACGGCCCUCCGUUGCGACGAAUGGCCAUUGCUGCCAAGCCCGAGUGGGAGAACAAGCUUCCAGACUGGGACGAGCAUGCUGAGGAGCGCAAGAACAUGCACAAGCUGAGGAAGUUCGCUCUGCUAAAGAGAAAGGAAAGAGGCAUCCGGCAGAACUAG